AUGGCACCCUCGAAAAUGCGUUUGCGACCUCAACGGCCUGCUGACAAGGAAGUUGAGGUCGGAGCACUUUACCACGGCAUUGUGAGCUACGUGGCAGACACGAGUGCUCAUGUCAUACUAGGCGAUGCUCAAGGUGGAGUGGGGCACGAAGGCUACCUCCACAUCUCGCAGAUACCCGGCUACUUCCCUUCCGCUCGAGAGGCUUUGAAGGUUGGGGAGAAGCUUAAGGUCCAGGUGCUCAAAGCAGGAUCAGAUGGGGAACCAAUGUCACUCUCGGCUAAGCUGUGGGAAGAAGACGAUGAUAGGAGCUCAUCUUGGUUAGAUGCAAAGGUCUACAAUAUCAAGCCCUUUGGUAUUUUCAUCGAGGUUUCUGCUAAAAAUGGUGUUCGUCAAGGCAUGGUGCACAUCAGUCAGAUUCGGGAGGGCUUUGUCGAAGACAUUUUCUCCGAGGUAGAGAUCGGGGAGAUUGUGCAGGUGAGGGUGCUCAGCAAAGAGCCCAAUGGUCGUGUGAAGUUUACUAUGCUCCCCGAAGCGUGA